AAGUGUCAUCGAGGCGAAGGGAUCGCCUCCCAAUCAACAAUAACUUGUUAGCAAGAGUCAAUUACCUCGCCUCUGCCGCUCGCCGGCUCUUUCGGCCCCCAGCCCGGGCAAGAGGCGCCUCUUGCUCUCCCCUCACCCGGGAGGAGGCUUUCCCCCCCUCCUUCGGCGGGGGGCAGAGCGAGGUGGGGGCCGAGAGGCAGAUCUGGGGCGAUUUGGGGGCCGUAUCCUAAAAUAGCAGCCGGGAAGAGCGGCGGCGAACUAAAGUGGGACGGGAGCGCCUCAGCCACCUCUUCCCCAGCAGCCAGGACUGCAGAGCCUGCUGGCCGUCCAAGGGCGGCUGCCUCUCGGCCCUCCCCGGCCCCGCCAGCCUCCUGGCCGCUCCGCCGCCCGCGGAGCCGCUUCCUUCUGGAGUUGGGGACCUGAAGUUUCUGGGGAGGGGGCUCGCCGCCUCUCCCGGCCCCCUGCUCGGGCGCUCCGCUCGCCGAGAGCGCGGGGGUCACGCCAGGCAAAGAGGAGGACGGGGGUGCCGCGGUGGGGCAGCGGCAGCGGCAGCAGCGCAAGGAGGGAUCCCCAGCCGAGCCCGCCGAGCAUGACUUCCAAAGACGAGGGCAAGGCGGCCUCGGCCGAGGAGCGCCGGAGGAGCCCGCUGGACCACUUGCCGCCGCCGGCCAACUCCAACAAGCCCUUGACGCCCUUCAGCAUCGAGGACAUCCUCAACAAGCCCUCGGUGCGCAGGAGUUACACCCUCUGCGGGGCGGCCCACCUGCUCUCCGCCGCCGAGAAGCACCCGCCGGCCUCGCUGCCCCUCUCCAGCCGGGCGCUGCUCUCGCAGACCUCGCCCCUCUGCGCCCUGGAGGAGCUGGCCAGCAAGACCUUCAAGGGCCUCGAAGUCAGCGUCCUGCAAGCGGCCGAAGGAAGGGAUGGGAUGACAAUAUUUGGCCAGAGACAGACUCCCAAGAAAAGGAGGAAGUCUAGAACAGCCUUUACAAACCACCAGAUCUACGAACUGGAAAAAAGGUUUCUGUAUCAGAAAUAUUUGUCCCCCGCUGACCGAGACCAGAUCGCCCAGCAGCUGGGCUUGACCAAUGCCCAAGUGAUCACCUGGUUUCAGAACCGCAGGGCCAAGCUCAAGAGGGACCUGGAAGAGAUGAAAGCAGACGUGGAGUCUGCCAAGAAACUGGGCCCCGGCAGCCAGGUGGAUCUGGUCGGCGUUUCCGAGCUGGAAGCCACCCCCGAAGGGAGAGCGAAGUCCCGCUCCCUUUCGCCCACCUUGCCCAAGCGUGGACUGGACAGCAGCGGCCACCUCCAGCUCUCCCCGGCCUCCCCACUCACGGACCAGCCGGGCAGCAGCCAGGAUUGCUCGGAAGACGAAGACGUGGAAAUUGACGUUGAUGACUGAGUGGCGGCGGUGGGGGCUUCCUCCUCCUCCUCCUCCUCCUCCCCCUCGCCCCCUUUUGCCCCGCAAACAAAAACCAACGGAGGAACUGACACGUCUCUCCCGCCCCCCUUCUCCCCGCGCGCGUUUCCUUCCACACCCACCCGAGCCCAAGGAGAGGACGGGGCCUCCGGCUCCUCCGCAGCAGCACCCGAACAAACGCCGGACUUUAGGGGGAUACUAGAGACCUCAGCUUCCGCCGCGAUUCCACAAGGCAGUUUCUUUUCGGCAAAAGCAAUAAGCAAUAGACAAGAAUUCAAAACCAUCACCAUCAUCAUUGUUAAACUAAGAACCAAUAGCCCACCGGCUGCCAAGCCAGGCAGCUGUCAUUUUAGGAAUGGUGCAAUUAUGGAUCGCUUCUGUAUAAAUAUUUAAGCAUAUCUAACGGGUCAUUUUCAUUUCUGAGGGUUGAUUUUUUUUAAAAAAAAUAACAACAUCAUUUUUGUUUAUAAAAGAUUGCAUAACCAUGGAGUAAAGGACGCCUCUUGGAUGCUUUGUUAUACCGUUGUUUGGUGGUGGGGGAGUGUGUUUUUUUUUAAAAAACGGAAAUCACUUUAAUGAGAUUUAGGUUAGGGUUUGUUUAGCCGUCCUUCCCCUGCAUGCUUGCAAUCUGCACGAUUAUUUUUGUUUGUUUGGUUUAUUCUUUAAUUUGUCCCCCCCCCCCCGCUAAAAAAAAUACUACAGAGGAAUGGGUUCUAUUGCGAGUUUAAAAUAUAUUCUUUCAUUUUUUGUCUCCUCCGGCACCUAGGAAUUGGCCUCCAAUGAGAUUUCUGCCUCGUUUUACCAAUUAGAAGCUAUUUUUACCAUUUAUUGCUAUUGUUGUGGUUUUCUUUUUUAAAAAAGCUACCUUUCGUAUUUUUAUAUGAAGGUGGUUUUAAGAAAAAGAAAUCUAGACUUAUUUUUUACUCUUUUUAGAAUGAUUUUGCAUGCUUCCCAAAUAAUAAUACUAAUACUACUGCAAAUAAUAGCAAACAGAUCCAACCAUCAACACAUGGAAAUAUUAGCGCUAUAAAUACAAAUGUACAGAUUUAAAAUGUUGUUCUUUGAGCUGUAAAAAAAAUUUAAAGGCCUGCUUAUUUAAGUUACAUCAGGGGACAAUGUUGCUUUAUAUCCUGUCUCUUAGAGUUGUACAGACAAGUCUUUUUCCAAUACAAUAAAACCUUUACAAUUUUAA